UUUGGUUUAGAUUUUAGACUGAUGGAUUUUAGCAACGAAUUUACUUUCGCUUUCACAUUAAACAUCCGCCGAUGCCCUCGCCGGCGACUCUCUAAGCGACCUUAAAGCUCUCCCUCACGGCUCCUCCCUCGCGUCCCGCCCGCGCGGCCGCGGCUCCCGGCGGCCCCGGCAGCAUGGCGGGGGAGGCGGGCGGCUCCGCGCUGGGCCGCGCGGCCGACAAGCUCUUCUCGCUCAGCGGGCUCUUCGCCGUCCGCAAGCCCAAGGGACCCACCUCGGCCGCCGUGCUCAACCUGCUCAAGGAGAGGCUGCUGGCAGAAGCUGGUGUGCAAACAAAAGGGAACAAAAGAAAUCGGGUUUUGAAAAUUGGACAUGGAGGAACUUUGGACAGUGCAGCCACAGGAGUUCUGGUGGUUGGUAUUGGAAAAGGAACAAAAAUGCUGGGGACUAUGUUGGCAGGUUCCAAGAAGUACACUGCCAUUGGAAUGCUGGGCAAGGCCACUGAUACAUUAGAUGCUACAGGAAAAGUAACUGAAGAAAAACCUUAUGACCAAGUAACGAAAGGAGAUCUUGAAAAUGUUCUUCAAAAGUUCACAGGGGACAUUAUGCAAGUUCCCCCACUCUAUUCUGCUUUGAAGAAGGAUGGAGAAAGGCUUUCAACUCUGAUGAAGAGAGGGAAAGCAGUAGAAGCAAAGCCUGCUCGGCCAGUGAGAGUGUACAGCCUUUCUCUCCAGCAGUUCCAGCCACCACUGUUCACGCUGGGUAAAGAUGUUGAAUGUGGUGGUGGCUUUUAUGUCAGGAGCCUGGUCAAUGACAUUGGCAAAGAGCUCUCCACCUGUGCCUCGGUGCAGGAGCUGACGCGCACCAAGCAGGGGCCGUUCACCCUGGAGGAGCACGCCCUGCACGAAGACAAGUGGACAAUUGAUGAAAUUGCUCAGUCCUUGGAGCACUGCACAGCCCUGCUCCUGGGAGAGCCAGCUCGGAAAAAAUUGAAGACAGAGCAUCCAGGUGAAACUGCUGUGAUCUGUGAGGAUAAGUGAUAAGUUGGAUCAAGGAAAAAGACUGGAUGAUUGAGAUGUUUUAAGAUUGCAUUGGGAUUGUCUCGCCUCCUGUGUAAAUCUACAAGUCUCUGCUGGGAAGGUGACAAACUGCAGCACAAGAGGAAUGGUUCUUUUGUUUCCUGGGGUUAGAAUGUGCGCUGAAAAUAUUCAGUGCUAAGUGUUUCUUGAUUGUUUCUUUUCCUUCUUGCACGCUGUAACUGAUGCCAAAUUUUUAUAGACUUUUAAAGAACUUCCAGGGUGCAAGAUGGCUGCUGUUGAAAAUUCAUCAAUAAAAAAUUAUGUAAAAUAAUGUCUGAUAAA